UCAUUAGUAUUAUAGUAUUGAGCCAUCCCAUCAAGGUAGGUACAGAACUAACAAACGGCAUGAGGUAUGUGUAUUUCCCCAUUACAUACAGAAAUUCCUCUUAAGAUAGCGAACCCGAAAGCGUCAAAUCUGGUAUUAUAUAUCCAUAACCUCAGUAGUAAAAUCUUCAUUUCGUGGUUCCGUUCGAGAACAGUCCCGCGCAGGCGAGUGUUAUAUAUAGCUCGUUACUCCAGACCCUUGAUACUUUUCCUCAUCCCUUCUUUCUGUCUUCCUCGCCUCGUUUUCUGCCUGUCUUCCCAAGUCUUCCUCCCACCUCGCCCCGUUUUCUGCCAGGUGUUACGUAGAGAGAGAGAGAGAGAGAGAGAGAGAGAGAGAGAGUGAGAGUGAGUGGAAGAGCAGUCUAGAAAGGCGUAAAAUUUUAUUAAGCCCAAGUCUUAGGUUCCAUUUGCAGGAGAGAAAAGCUUUGAAAUAAGUUAGGGUUUGUGGCGUUUAUUCGCAGGAGAGAAGAUGGCUGGCAGGGAGGUUAGAGAGUAUACAAAUCUCAGCGACCCCAAAGAUAAGAAAUGGGGGAAGGGUAAAGAUAAAGUUGAUGACGAAGAUGUUGCAUUUCAGAGGAUGGUGGCAAAGAUGCAAGAAGUUGCUGGUGAACGUGGGGGAUAUUUGCAUGGACGAGGCGCAUUAGACAGUGAUGAUCUGCUUUAUCUAAAAGAGCAAAUGGAAGCUGAGGAGGAUGCUGAACGGCUCCGUAGAAGGACUGAGAAACGGGCAUUUGCAGCCUUUAAGAGAGCUGCAAGCUUAGCCGAUUCUUCACCAUCAAUACAACCGCUUCGUGUUGAACCAAAGCCUAAGAGUGGGAUUAGGCAGCAAGUGCUUCUCAAGAACAUUUUAGAGGUAAAACCCAAGAGACAGCGAGUAUCUGGUCAUCCAUCUGUUACUACAAGUGGAGGUAAAUCACCAGAAGCACCUAAUGGAUCUUCAGCUUUUUCAUGUGUUAAAUCAAAUGGAAUUUCUUCGGCAGAAACAAUUGUCGUCCCGAAAGUCAAUUCUGAUGGCAAUAAUCAAGGAAGUGACUCUUCCCAACAAGGGAACCCAAAAGAACAAGCCAGUGGAGGUUUGCUGGGUUUGGCUUAUGAGAGUUCUGAUGAAGAUUGAAUAUGGUGAGAUACGAUGAAGUUUGAGUUGACAAUUAUGAUGGGGUUGGUUCAUCUGGUGCACAAUCAUACGUAUUUGCAUAAAUUUUAUGCCGGUCUCACCAACGAACUUCUUUGUCAAUGUAUAAUAUGUUUGGAUAGUAGAGCUUGGGUUUGCAUCGAAGCAAAUCUAUUAUAUGCGAUGAGGUCUGACAAAGAGCAAUAUACAUCAUCUUUUACUAGUGAGCACCUUUUGUAAGCCAAGGAAAUGCAUUUGAGCUUUGUAAAUUUAGUGAAGUUAUAUGAGAUUCUAAAUAAAUUCUGACGCAAUAUGUUCUAAUUGCGAUAGAAUUAUAAUCUACUGAAAGAUAUCAACUUCUAGCGUUUGCUUACAUGUAUGUAAUGACAGUUUCAGUUUU